AUGGGAGGCCAGCUGGGGCUGACCUGCACCUCUCCCUUCCAGAUCGUCCUUCCCUUCUUCAGUUUGCUCAUCAAAGACAUCUACUUCCUCAACGAGGGCUGCGCCAACCGCCUUCCCAAUGGACACGUCAACUUUGAGACCAUCACAUGCUGCUCGCAGACCUGGUUACUCCUCAGGGCCAGCAGAUCUGGGGAAAGUCCAAUUCAGCAGGUGGUGAACAGCUUGGAGACAGCCCAAGCUGGAUGUAACACAGAUGAGACGGGGCUUAGGCAAGACUGCAGGGGCCAUGAGGCCUGGGAGCUUCCUCCACAGAAAUUUUUGGAGCUGGCCAAGCAGAUUGGAGAGUUCAUCACAUGGAAACAAAUGGAGUGUCCCUUUGAGCAAGACCCCAGCAUCACCCACUACCUGCACACCACCCCUAUCUUCAGUGAGGAUGGUCUUUAUUUGGCUUCUUAUGAAAGUGAAAGCCCAGAGAACCAGACAGAAAAAGAGAGGUGGAAAUCUCUAAGAUCUUCUAUUUUGGGGAAGACACGAGAAGCGCUGAGUGGAAGGAGAGGAAGAGAUGGAGGCAGCAGAAGCCUUCUGCAGCCCUGCCCCAGAUGGCCCCAUGGGCAGAAGCAGAGGCAGUGCCUCACUGUUUUGCAAACCGAGACCCCAUGGCCCGGCACCCACCAUAGUGGCCACAUGGGCACAGGAGACCUUCUGCGGGACCCCAGCCCUGGCAGGGCCCAGGGAUUCCAGAUACCUCGAGGACACCCUGCCUUCAGGACUGUGGGGGUCAUGUUGCUGGUCAAUCUGUCCGUCCUCGGUGAGGACAUAGCACUGCCCCAGAGGGUCAGGCAACUGCAAUCUUGUGCUCCCCGUGAGUGAUGUGUGCCUCUUUGACCAAUGCCCACAGUCUGGCAUCAGUGGCUUGGAGCCUCUGCAGCUGCAGCAGGCAUCACGGUGUGACGUGAGGUGUGUCUGUGCCAGCUCGGAGCCCACCAGGGGCCCUGAGCUUCUGUCAGUGGACCUGUCCCCUACCCCUCCCAGGGGGCUUGUUUCUGCAGCCCUACACAUCCUCCCCUUCUGGAUCCUGCUGGUAUUAAGGAAAGCCUUCAGGUGACAGCUGUGAAAUAGCUCAUCAGGACACACCGGACUCCUGAGUUGACAAUGUGUACAUUACAGUCCUGCCGCCCUUCUCUCUUGUAAGCAUUAGGGUUGCUAUAAACACAUUUG